AUGACAAUCCUGCUGAAACAGCUCCACCUGUGGUUCGGCGAUGUGUGCCGCCACAUCGAGGGGGAGGAGGAGGCGAAGCGCCUCUACUCCAAGCUUUCGAACACGUCCCACCCGAGGAUCAAGGGCGACGCGCUGCGCUCGCGCUGUGCUCAGCAGGCGACCAACAGUGUGUGGGGCAAGCCCGACCCUGCUCUGAGCCGGUUCCAGAACGACGCUUUGGUCGCGGCGCGCGUGCUCGCCUUCCUCAACUCGAAGAGGCUCCCGGUGACCGCUGUGAGAGCCACGCUUCUGGCACACCAGAUCACGGACGCCGCCUCGCUCAGCCAGCGGGAGUGUGCCCAGCGGCUCUUCGACCACUGGACGCAGCCGCAGUCGCCGCCCUGCCCCGUCUGCGCUGCAAACGCCGCGCGUGGCUCUGUCGCAACCCGCUCUCCUCAGCGUGCAGGAGUGGGCACCGGAAGGGAGGGGAACAAUGAGGUCGAGAACCGCAUCGGCGGCCUCAGCAGCGUCUGCAGAGAGCCGAUCAGACUCGGGUCCACGGUGAAUGUCAGGUUAGGACUUCCGCGGCGCCGCUCUGGGCGGCGGGCUGAGCCGAUCGUAGCGGCGAGCCUCGGUCGAACGAUGCAUGAGGCCCGUCACGGACAGCCGCUGAGCAGUGAGCUCCUUCUGCUCGUGGGCGCCGGCGAGGGCACGCCUGUGCUGCCGGCAUCGGGCGAGCAGCAGCGGCGCCCGAUCGGCGUGGUCCUGGCGGACGAAGCCUCUUCCGUGGCCGCAAAGCCGGCCGCCGGCUCACGCUGGUGCUUCUCCGACGCGGUCGAGUCCGACCCGGCCGGCCGCGACUUUGCGCGCUCCACCGACUGCUGCACGCUCCGCUGGACGCCUGCAAAGGGCCGUCACGCCACUGCGACCCGCGAGAUCUCGCGUGGACGCGUGCUUCUGCGGGCCUCGGCUGCGGCAGCCCCCAACACGGCUGCGAGCGGCGCGGCGACCGCCCUCCUCGCGGAGUUGUCGGGGCGCGCACGCCCUGGCGGACUCUGUGGACGCCCCACUUUGUCUUGA